AUCAAAAGAAAGUUGAAUUAAACAACAUCACAUAAAAAAUAAUAAACAGUAGUAAUAUACACUCACAACCCUUACGGUGGGGCGAGUUAUCACAGGAAAACUUUGCUGUACUCAAUACCGCUUUACAAUAGAGAAAAGAAGAAAGUGGUUUACAGGUGACAUCAAUAACCACCCAACCAAUUCCUUUUACCAAUACAAGACAAAUUAUGGCAGAUGAUACAAUAGAACAAAUACGAGGAAAAGUAGAACAGAUAGUAAGUUCAAAAGAUAUAAGUGACACAGAUAAAAUUGCUCAACUAAAGCAAAUAGAGGCAGAACACUAUAAACCAUUUAUCAAACAACUAGCUUGUAAGAAAACUCAAAAAGAGCUAAUGGAAUUAGUAUUAGUCCUGACAGAUUUAGGGUAUUUAACUACAAAGUUAGGAGAGUUAAUCGGCGAAAUAAAAUAUUACACAGAUGCUGCAGUAUUCUACCAAUAUGUUAUUACUAUAAUGGAUGAAAAAAAUAGAGCAUUAGAAAAAAUUUUAAAUGAAUUUAUCAAAUAUGAAAAAUCGUAUCCGUAUGAACAAUUAGCUCACAUACAACAGUUAAUAUUUUCUGCUAUUGGUGGGAGUCAGUUUCAAAUAUCCGUUACAAACGUUAAAGUUGAGUCAGACAAUAAUAAAAAUAUAUUAUCAAUAAUACGAAAAGAAACCAAGGACAGACUACAGGAAAUAGAAGACUAUAGUCAACAAAAAUUUAGUACUCAAGAGGGAAAACAGCACAACCAGGAAUUAUAUGUAGAAAAAUCAAAAAAGAUUUUUGAGUCAAUAGCUGAUAAAAUGCAAGAAUUUCUAGCGAAACUAUACAACGAUAGUGAGAAAGAAAUGGUUAUACAGACACCUUGUAAAUAUGCAGUAAUUGCUUUGGGAUCAAUGGCAAUUAAGCAAAUGACACCAUAUUCAGAUUUAGAAUUUGCUAUCCUUACCGAGAAUGAAGAUUAUAAAAAAAGCGAUAAUCCUAAUAUUAGGGAAUAUUUCAAAAACCUAAGCCAUUUGGUGAAUUUUAAAGUAAUCAAUUUAGGAGAAAGCAUAAUUCCAAUUAGUAGAUAUGGUUUAGAUAUGAGCCGCUUAGUACAUAGAGCAGUAAACUUGGAUUUAGGAGGGAAAACUCCACUUGGCAGAAUAAAUCAGCAUAAAAAAUAUGAUUUAGUACAAACAGUAUAUGGGAUGAUAGCUUAUGUGCGUAAUGAGCAAAAUUGGGUAAGUCAUAUAGAUAAAAAUCUGCCAUAUAUAUUACAAAAAGUUUGUCAUGUACAUGGUGAUAAACAAAUAGUACGAGUUUAUCAAAAUAACGUAACAGAGUUUUUAAACAGAAAUGUAGAUGAUACACAAGAUAAAUUAAAUUGUCAGAUAAGAGCCUUGAAGUUACUAAAGGAAGGUUUAGUAGAAAUUGACUAUAAUUCACAAAUAUUUGGCUCUAAACCUAAAGAAAAUAUAGUUAAAGGUGAUUUUUAUCAUUUACAACCUAAUUUAAUGAUGGCAAAGGGCAGAUUGUUUGACGUUAAGCAUGAAAUUUACCGAUUUCCUGAUCAUAUGGUAUAUAAUCUUGGUUUGUAUUAUGGUAUUGAAGGAGAUAGUGCUUGGGAUACAGUAGAUAAGUUAAGAUAUCAAGAAAUAAUCACUGCACAAUCAGCACUUAAUCUGAAAAAUGCUAUAACUUUUGCCACUACCCUUAGAUUAAAGACUUAUGCUCACCAUAAGGCACAGAAGGAGGAUAUGUCGAUAUUUUCUAGACCAGCUAAAACUGAAUCUGAACUCAAAGAACAACUUAAACAGAUAUUCCAUUUAUCUGAGGAAGAUUUAGAAGAACAUGGUAGGUUGUUUCAAUAUUUUUAUACUGCUCUGCCAUUGCAUAGAAAAUUAGAGAAAUUUUGUCGCCAAUAUCAAACAUUAAGUAAAGAAAAUAGACAAAUUUUUUUUAAGAAAAGUAACUUUUAUAAGGAUAAUGUAAUUAGUAAGGGUUUUAUCCAUUAUAGAUUAGCACAAUAUAAGAAAGCUCAAAGCAAUUUUGAGAAAGCGUUAGAUGAUCCACAUAAUAAAGAUAACUUGAAAAUACGACACACUUUGGGAAAUAUAUAUAUGGGUUUUGGCAAUAACAAACAAGCUAUAGAGCAAUUCCAGUAUUGUUUAAAUAUUUAUAAACGCAUCUACCAAGAUGAACCUCAUCUGGAUGUUGCUGCUUCUUGCAAUAAUCUUGGGUUAACUUAUAAAGCUAACAGACAAUAUGAUCAGGCGAUUAAGUACUUUGAGGAGAGUGUAAAGAUGAACAAACUCAUCUACCAAAAUAAACCUCAUCCGUCUGUUGCUGCUUCUUUCAGUAAUCUAGGAGAAGUGUAUAGAAAUAAAGGACUAUAUGAUCAGGCGAUUAAGUACUAUCAGGAGAGCCUAAAGAUGAAAAAACUCAUUUACCAAGAUAAACCUCAUCCAGAUGUUGCUGCUUCUUUCAAUAAUCUAGGAAAAGCUUAUUCCGAUAUAGGACAACAUGAUCAGGCGAUUAAGUACUAUGAGGAGAGCCUAAAUAUGAUAAAACUCAUCUACCAAGAUGAACCUCAUCUGUGUGUUGCUGCUUCUUUCAAUAAUCUAGCAGAAGUGUACAGAAAUAAAAGACUAUAUGAUCAGGCAAUUAAGUGCUAUGAGGAGAGCCUAAAGAUAAACAAACUUAUCUACCAAGAUGAACCUCAUCUGGAUGUUGCUGCUUCUUUCAAUAACCUAGGAGAAGUGUAUAGAAAUAUAGGACUAUAUGAUAAGGCGAUUAAGUACUAUGAGGAGAACCUAAACAUGAACAAACUUAUCUACCAAGAUGAACCUCAUCCGUGUGUUGCUGCUUCUUUCAAUAAUCUAGGGAAAGUGUAUAGAAAUAAAGGACUAUAUGAUCAGGCGAUUAAGUACUAUGAGGAGAACCUAAAGAUGAACAAACUUAUCUACCAAGAUAAACCUCAUCCGUGUGUUGCUGCUUCUUUCAAUAAUCUAGGAGAAGUGUAUAUAAAUAAAGGACUAUAUGAUAAGGCGAUUAAGUUCUAUGAGGAGAGUCUAAAGAUGAACAAACUCAUCUACCAUGAUCAACCUCAUCCGUGUCUUGCUGCUUCUUUCAGUAAUCUAGGAGAAGUGUAUAGAAAUAAAGGACUAUAUAAUCAGGCGAUUAAGUACUAUGAGGAGAACCUAAAGAUGAACAAACUUAUCUACCAAGAUAAACCUCAUCCGUGUGUUGCUGCUUCUUUCAAUAAUCUAGGAGAAGUGUAUAGAAAUAAAGGACUAAAUGAUCAGGCGAGUAAGUUCUAUGAGGAGAGUCUAAAGAUAAACAAACUUAUCUACCAAGAUGAACCUCAUCUGGAUGUUGCUGCUUCUUUCAAUAAUCUAGGAGAAGUGUAUAGAAAUAAAGGACUAAAUGAUCAGGCGAUUAAGUUCUAUGAGGAAAGUCUAAAGAUGAACAAACUUAUCUACCAAGAUGAACCUCAUCUGGAUGUUGCUGCUUCUUUCAAUAAUCUAGGAGAAGUGUAUAAAAAUAAAGGACUAAAUGAUCAGGCGAUUAAGUUUUAUGAGGAAAGUCUAAAGAUGAACAAACUUAUCUACCAAGAUGAACCUCAUCUGGAUGUUGCUGCUUCUUUCAAUAAGCUAGGAGAAGUGUGUAGAAAUAAAGGACUAUAUGAUCAGGCGAUUAAGUACACUGAGGAGAGUCUAAAGAUGAAAAAACUUAUCUACCAAGAUGAACUUCAUUUGGAUGUUGCUGCUUCUUUCAAUAAUCUAGGGAAAACAUAUUCCGAUAAAGGACUUUAUAUAAUUAACCCGAGUUUGAUGAAAUAUGAAAUGGCAUAGCUAUAUCUUUUAUUUAACUAAUACCUACUUUUCUACUAUUUACAACAGAUGCGGCAGAACCUCAAAAGAUUUAAAUAAUAAAAGUUACUGUAUGUGCGUAGAUAUGGAAAUUCGUAUAAAAAAAGCAACAGUACGAGCUAUAUGCCGAUCGCACUUUAUGCCAUAAAUGGCUAAUCAACUCCGACUAAUUAUCUCGAGUCUUGUCCAUACAAUUGUAUAAUAAUAUAUACGUUAUAAGUUUUUACAACAGUUUGAAAUUUUUCUAUGAUGUGAUGUAAAGAGAUUAUUAUAAUAUGAAGAACUGAUUUUACAACAUUAAUGUUAAUAUUAUCAAAACCUAGCUGAAUACUUAUUCCAUUAUUGUUUUUAGCGAUAAUUUUUUAAAUUACGCUCAACGUCUGUUUGGCAUUUCCGUUAAUUUUUUCUAUCAGCUUUAAAUAGUAAAAUUUUUUUGAGUGUUGUUUAGUUUUUUCAAAUAUAUUUUUAUAAAAUUUGCAGUUUGUUUUAUUUUCAAAGUUUUUUUUUUUUAAACUUUUCAUACAACUAUUUUUUUUACUUGAGGAUUUUAAUAAGCUUUAGACAUCCAAGGAAUUAGAGAUGAAUUGUUAUUUUUAAAAAGUUUUUUUCUCAGGAAAUGCUUCUUUAUAUUGCUUAGAAAAAAAACUAAAUAAAUAAUUCCAAUUGUUUGCCUCACUCGAUUUCAUUAUAAGAUCCCAAUCUAUAUAAUAUUUUUUAAGGUUUUGGAAUUUUUGUAAGGAGUUUUUAUUAAUCUGCCGCCUGUAUAUUACAGAUUGAGAAGAUGUAUUAUUAAUUGUUAUAUUGUUAGUUAUUAAAAAAGUUGGAAGAUGAUAAGCCUAUUUUAAUUAUACCAGUGAAAGUUAUUGUUAUUUUGUUGCGAUUAUAUUAUCUAGUAAAUUAGAAAAAUUAUUAAUUAUUU